CGACUCUUUUUUCGUUGAGAGAGCGCAGCAAUGGAGGCUCUGCGGAAGCUGGAGCGGAUCCAAACCCUGCUCUCCUUCAUCCACUCCCGAGCCCUCGCCUCAAACCACGACGACGCCGAUCGAUUCCUCGCCCAUUUCCUCCUCUUCUUCUUACAACCGAGUGGUAUGCUUAGCACAGAGAGGAAAUACUCACUAAUAUCCGAGCUUCUUAAAAAGAUCACUGUCGAAAUACUCGAAGAGGCGCGUUUAGUUGUUACCGAUGAAGAUUAUGAUGAUACCUGCGUUGAGCCUUCAUUCCGGUUUAGUAUUGAAGACAAGGCGGAUCGUGAGAAAUCAAAAGUUGAGGAUGCGGCUGUGAUUGGAUUUGACGCAAUGCAAAGAGCAAACUCCACGCUUGAGGAUUUUUGUAGGUCAUAUUUUAUGUUUCACGGUAUGGACGCAAACAAACCGCAAUCAAUAUUUAAGUUUCUCCCUGUUCUUUCUUUUACAGAGAGCUACAUAUAUCAGCUAGAUACGUUAAAUGAAAAUAAUUUGCAUCCUUCUCCAGAAGAUUCUGUUUCUGAAACAAGCAGAUCUGAUUGUCUAAUACAUACAUCUAAUGAAAUUAAGGACCAAAAUGUGAUUAAUAAUCUCCAUGAAACUUCCGUCUGUGAUCCAUUUGCUCCUCUGCUGAGUCUUCUUCGCAGUCAAGGAAUACUUACUGAUAGGAUAAGAACUGAGCUCAAAUCAGGUAUUGAGUACUGGGCCCUUGAAAAGAAGCUUUGCGGAGCAUUAACAAGCAAAACAAAGAUUUCAAUUGAGGAUGCCAUGAGAGCAAUCCAUCUAAAAUCCUUCGAUUAUCGAGUACUGAAUCUUUUGUUGUAUCAUUUGACACGGCAACAGACAAAUGAGUUGCAUAUGGAGUUCUUAUCAGUCUCAGAAUUCCUAGUGGAGGUAUCUGAUGACCUGUAUGAUUAUGAGGAAGAUGUGAUAAAUAAUAAUUUCAACGUACUUCGAAUGUUUGUCGCCGUAUACGGAGCUUCAAUGGCGCCGAAAAUGUUGGCAAAGUGCAUUUGCGAGGUGGAAGAGAAGUAUGAGAGCUUAUCAAAAACAUUGGAUCCCGACCUUUCUUUGAAUUACUGGAGAAGAUGUGAAGAAGCCACAAAGGAAGGAGGACUAAAUUCAGGGCAUGCCUAUGGAACAUGGACUAUUCCUUGUGUGAUUGCAGAUGAGGAUUCGUUUCGAGCUCAAAGCGCAAAUAAGAAGAGCCGCGGCGCUUAAUGCUUCCUUUGCUUUAGUCCUACAAAUUGAGAACAUGGGCGCAAGCAAACAGUGUUGCAACACCUAUGCGGCUCGGUGCAAUGUAGUGUGGUGGCAAUUGUUUAUAGUCACUGUAGCUUCUGCAUGAAUGCUUGUUCGCAUAAAGCAGAGCAAAGAAGCACUGAUGUUUUAUUUUCCCAAUUCAAGGCUCCUUACAAGCAGUUUUGCUGCAGCUGGAAGGAGAAGCAGGUUCAGUUUUGCAUUUGAUCCUGUAUUAUCUGGACACAAUUUUGGCACCUGAUUUGAACUGUGUGUUUGGUACCAUUCAAUUUGUGACAUAAAAGCACUGAUACUUUAUUUUGGAUGACAUAAAAUAUACUAUAAUUUCGUUUGCCGCAUAACGCCAACCAAUUUAUACCUAA